GUCUCCAGAGGCUGCAACUCCUAAUGGCGCCUCGCCAAUAGGUGUUGCCUCGCCUCCUGUCAGAGGCGUUAACCGUGGCCAGUCACCACGCAACAGUGGUGUCUUUCCUCGAAGCAGUGGCACAUUUUCUCGCAACAGUCUAGGCUCCCACACAAUCGCGAUGGUGAGCCCAUGAGCAAGAACCAAUUAAAGAAGCACGAAAAGCAAGAACACCAAGAGUUGAGGAAAAAGCUCAGAGAAGAAGCCCAACAGCAAGCAGAAAAGAAACGGAAAGACAUGGAGGAACGUGCAAAGACUGAGGAGAGCGCUGAAGCAAGAGCAAAAUAUGGUGUCAAGGGUGCCAAUAUCUAUGCAGGCGAAUGGAAACACGAAGAUAGGGUCGAUGUCACCACUCUCACACCCAACGAUGUGGGCAAGACUGUUUUCUUCAGAGCUCGUGUCCAUCACCUCCGUAAGAUGAGCGCCAAGCUGGUCUUCUUGGUUUUCCGCCAGGGCGUCUCGACGAUUCAGGGAGUCCUGACAGAACACGCUCAUGUUUCCGAGUUUUUCGUGUACUGGGCCGAGCAUUUGGAUGUCGAGAGCGUUGUCCUAGUUGGGGGCGUCGUGCAGGAGCCCAAAGUCAGUCAGGGUCAGGUUACCGGUACGACCAUACACAAUAUUGAGAUCUCAGUCCACUCUCUGCACGUCGAGGGCCAAGUGACUGAAGUCCUACCCUUCAGUGUCAAUGAAGCAGAGAUACCUACCCCUGAAACACAGCAUGAUGGAGACCAUCGAGUCAAGGUGUCCGACAGAACGAGGCUGGCAAACAGGGUCAUCGAUCUCCGUACCACUACUUCGCAGAGUAUCUUCCGCGUUCAAUCAGGCAUUUGCAAUCUGUUCCGCGGCUACCUGGAUACUCAAGGCUUCAUCGAAAUCCACACACCAAAACUACAAGGCGGUGCUACUGAAUCUGGUGCGAGUGUCUUCAAGAUUGACUACUUCGGUAGGCCUGCCUUCCUGGCACAAAGCCCUCAACUGGCUAAACAGAUGUCGAUUGCCGGUGACUUUGGUCGUGUUUACGAAAUCGGCGCUGUAUUUAGAGCAGAGAACAGUAAUACCCAUCGCCACUUGACCGAGUACACUGGUCUCGAUAUUGAGAUGGCCAUCGACGAACAUUACCAUGAGGUGCUCAGAGUCCUCGAUGGUACUUUCAAGCAUAUCUUCGAAGGGUUGUACAAGAACUAUCGCCGCGAAAUUGAUGUCGUCAAGAAGCAAUAUCCGCACGAAGACUUGGUAUGGCUAGAUAAAACACCAAUAAUCCCUUUUAAAGAUGCCAUCAAGCUCUUGAAUGAGUCUGGUUGGAGAGACGAAGAAGGGAAUGAGUUACCGAUUGAUGAAGAUCUGGGUACUCGAGACGAGAUACAGCUUGGUAAGGUCAUCAAGCAGACCUACGGAACCGACUAUUACGUCCUGGACAAAUUCCCGGCGUCUGCACGGCCUUUUUAUGCCAUGGUAGAUCCUAAUGACGAGACCUGGACAAACUCCUUCGACAUUUUUGUGCGCGGGCAGGAGAUUCUUAGCGGUGGUCAGCGUAUCCAUGACGCAACCAUGCUAUUGAAGAAGAUGGAGAAGCUAAAAAUCGAUCGUGGGUCCAUGGAUGACUAUAUCCAAGGUUUCGAAUGGGGUGCGCCGCCCCAUGGUGGCGGCGGUAUCGGUUUAGAGCGCAUUCUGAUGCUUAUCCUAAACCUUGGUGACAUUCGACAUGCCUCAAUGUAUCCUCGUGAUCCAAAGAGCCUGCCAGAGAAGCCAAUCGUCAAGCAGCUACGCCACCCAGAAGCCAGCACGAUGCACCCUCCGUGGGAAGGAUCCGAUCGAGUCACGGCACAUCUGGACUUUCAACCAAUUGAGAAGCUGAUAGCAAAUUAUGGAGACGCUACGAACACAUCCUGGCUGGAGCCUCGAAUGGAGAUCUGGCGAGACAACGAGACUGGGGCUGCGGUCGGUUUCCAGCAAAUCGACAGCUACGCCAUAAUCACCGGCGACCCACUCUGUCACCAGUCUCAAUACAUCAAGAUCGCGACCGCGUUCCUAAAAUAUAUCACAAAAGAGCGUCACUUGAAACCCAUAUGGCUGCUUGUGGGUGCCCCGAUGGAGGAGAUUCUCGCAAACAGAUUCAACUGGCGUACCUUUUCCGUAGUCGCCGAGCAACGUCUCGAUACCUCAAAGAAUGCUGCCGCGCAUGACAAUGACCUUCAGCGCAAGAUCAGACACGCAGAGAAGGAAGGUGUCAAGAUCCAUGACUAUCUACUAGGCGCAGAAAUACCACAGGAAAUCAAGGACAGGAUUGAUAAGCGAGUCGAAGACUGGCUCAAGGGUCGCAAAGGCAAGCAAAUGCAUCUUACUGACAUUCAUCCAUGGCAAGACCAGGAGCAUCGUCAAUAUCACUACGCGCAAGACAAAGACGGCGAGAUUUGUUGCUUGCUCGUCCUGUGCCAGCUCUCCCCUGACCAUGGCUGGCAAGUCAAGUACGCGCUCGAUUUCCCUGGUGCCCCUUCAGGUUCGAUCGAGUACAUUGUCUCGCACGGGCUUAAGGCUCUUGCAGCCAAGGGCUGCGAAAGUGUCACGUUCGGUAGUGGUGCCAGCUCCGAGUUCACGCCCGGCCACAAUCUGAAGAAGACGAGAGUCAAGGUCCUGAGCAAGGCGUACAAAGCCAUCACUUCUGAGCUCAAGCUCACGAACAAGUCGGAGUUUAGAGAGAAGCUGGGUGCCGAGGGCGAUCCGUCGUAUCUGUGCUACCCACCUCACGGGCUUGGCCCAAUGGCCGUGAAGGCCAUUCUAAACUUCUUCGAGGAUGAGGAAUAAUAAAAGGGGUGUAAUGACAUCGCAAGGGAUAGAACGGGAUAUGGAUUGGAGUGGAUAGGUGCGGAGAUGAUGGACUGGGAUGGAUGUCUGUUGUCGUAGGUUCGUCAUUAUUCUUGACUUGAUCAGGCUUGAGAUACCUCUAUUGUUUACUGUAGUUUUGUUUCGCUCGCUGUUGAAGUGCGUUGCAUGAUAGUUUGAAAGCAUCGGAGAAUUGAAAUAGUGCUUACUGCUUAUCAUCACCAUCAUCACCAUCAUCACCAUCAUCACCAUCAUCACCAUCAUCACCAUCAUCACCAUCAUCA